AAAUUCAAUUGUUCCCACUCAAAUGAGGAGCUUUAUCUUUAUUUAUCCGCUUUGCAAGCUCACCAGGCAAUAACACUUUGCAAGUUCCCCACUGAAAAGUAUAAAAAGUUUUAGCUGGGCAUCCACCAAGCAAUAACGCUUUGCAAGUUCCAUGAAAUUCAAUUGUUCUCUUCUCACAAAGAUGACGAACUUUAUAUUUAUCCGAAGGCAAAUUUCACGUUGUGUUAAGGGAGUCCAAGGAACUCAGAUACCUAGGUGAAGCACAGCAACCAACCAUUCAUAUAAACAGAAGCCAGAAAGAAGGGAAGAUGGCUGAGUUUGCAGUUUCGGCUGUCGUCGAAAAGCUCACGAGCUGUAUCACUGAAGAAGCACUUCUCUUGGAAGGUGUGGGUGGCAAAGUUGAGCAACUACGAAACGAACUGCGGUGGAUGCAAAGUUUCCUCAAGGAUGCAGAUGCAGAGCAGGAGAAAAAUGAAAGAUUUCGCAAUUGGGUGUCUCAAAUAAGAGAAGUGGCUUUGGAUGCCGAAGAUGUUAUAGCAACUUACAUUGCAGAAGCAGCAUCUCACAGUUCAUGGAACAUAGCUGCAAAGUUAAUCAAUCUUCACCAGGCAGGAAAGAAGAUUAGAGAAAUCAAAUUUACGGUCCAAAACAUUUCAAGCCAAAAAGAACAUUUUGGGAUCACUGGCACUGCUCGAGAGGGACGUGAAAGGACGAGUGCUUCCCCAAAUGAAAGGCUUCGAUGGUGGAGACAUACAUCACCCAAUAUCGAGGAAGAUGAUUUGGUUGAUCUUGUAGAAGAUACCAAAGCAUUGCUAACACAACUGUCUAGCAUGGACCCGCAUCGCCGUGUGGUUUCUAUUGUGGGCAUGGGGGGUCUGGGCAAAACCACUCUUGCGAAAAAAUUGUACAACCAUUGUGAUAUCACAAAACAAUUUGAUUGCAAAGCGUUUGUUUAUGUAUCUAAUGAUUACAGUAGAAGGGACACUCUACAAGGAAUAAUUGCAGCUACAAUUCCUAAUUGCAAUAUGGAGGAUUUGACGAAACUAGCAGAGGAGGCGUUGGUAUUGAAGCUGUACGAAUUGUUGAAGGAGAGAAGGUAUCUAGUGGUUCUUGAUGAUAUCUGGCAAACAGAGGUCUGGGAUAGCAUGCAAUCUGCAUUUCCAAGGGGAAAGAUGGGAAGUAAGGUGAUGCUCACCACCCGAAAUAAGGAAGUUGCUUUAUAUGCAGAUCCAAUGAACGAACCCAUUGAACCGCGAUUUCUAACACAAGAACAAAGCCUUUUACUGCUUCGCAAAAAAGCAUUCCCGGGAAUGAAUGAAAUGCCUCCUGAUUUGGAGAAUCUCGGAAGACAGAUGAUGGCGAAAUGCGGUGGUCUGCCACUAGCAGUGGUAGUGCUGGGAGGAUUAUUGUCCACGAAAAGGAAGACCGUAGAGGAAUGGAGACGCGUGCUUCAAAGCAUCGACUCACGCCUGAUUGAUCAAGAUCGUCUUUCUGCAAUUUUAGCUCUAAGCUACAAUGAUUUGCCUUUCCCCUUAAAAUCGUGUUUUCUGUAUUUGGGUAUUUUCCCUGAGGAUUCCUUUAUAUCGAAAACAAAGUUGAUACAAUUGUGGGUUGCAGAAGGAUUCUUACUACAACAAGGAGAAGAAGCCGCGGAAGGUGUUACCGAAUGCUUAAACAAGUUGGUUGAUAGGUGCAUGAUCCAGGUAGGAACACUAACCUCACUUGGAAGUCUUAAAGCCGUUCACAUGCAUGAUGUUCUCAGAGACUUCUCUAUCUCCAAGGGCAAAGAGGAAAGUUUUCUUGAAAUUUAUAGUGGGCAGAAAAUUGAAUCGCCAACAUCACAACGGACCAAAUGUCGAAGGCUUGCAAUCCAUGGUGACCAUCAUGAUUUGUAUGUUUUUCUAAAGCCAUAUGCCUCCUGCUUACGCUCCCUUCAGUUUUUCAACAUAAGGUAUUCAAAACUCGACUUUGUUUUCAAGGAUUUCAAGUUGCUCAAGGUCCUAGAUGGUGUUCCCUUUCCAUCGCGAGCACUAAGUGCCGUAGGAAACCUAAUUCAACUGAGGUAUCUAGGAGUCGUAUUAAUGAGAUCUCAUAUGCGGCAACUUCAAGUCAAGCUUCCUCGAUCGAUUGGAAAACUGAAGAAUCUACAAACACUUAAAGUAGAAACUUCCGAUGCAGACUUCCGAUGGUGUUAUUUUCCCGAUGUUAUUUGGAAGUUGAAGAAUUUGAGACAUUUGCUGCUCGGCCAAGUCAUAAUAAUGAAUUUUAGAUUGAACACCAUAAACAAUUUAACUAAUUUGCGACGACUGCAAAUAGCACUAUUAUCGCAGCCAGAACAUUUAAAGUCAGUGGUUUCCAACAUAGAGAGAUUGCACUGCCUUGAAUCCUUGUCGCUGGAUUUCUAUCUGUCCAAUUCAACAUUGCCAAGAGCCAUAAGCCUUUCUCAUUUGGAGCAUCUCCGCAAGCUCCAUUUGGAAGGGGAAAUAAAAAAGCUACCUGAUCCACACCAAUUCCCACCGAGCCUCAUCAAGCUAAGUCUUUUUAAUUCUGAUCUCGAGGAAGAUUCAAUCGUUAAGCUUGGGAGCUUGCCAAACCUAAAGAUGCUUCUCUUGGGAUUGAACUCAUGGAACUGGACAAAACUGGUUUGCUCCUCCUCAGAAGGGUUUCCUCAAUUGCACAUUCUACAUUUACAAUGUUUAUGGUUUUUAGAGGAAUUGAUAGUGGAAGAAUGGGCAAUGAUGAAGCUCAAGAAUCUAAAGAUAAGCCGCUGUCGAGGAUUGCGAAAGAUUCCAGAACGAUUUAAGUUAUUGACUACAUACUGUUGAAGGAAGGGGAUUUAUUUUGACUGGUCUGUCUAUAUCUAUUUCUUUAGAUUUCUCCUUUUUCGCUGUUCUGUCUAUUUCCUCCAGUUCUACUAGCUAUUUGGGUUAUUUUGCAGGUUUUUUGUAUGGAUUUUCCUAAUAAAAGUUUGUUGUUCGUCAAGUGCUAAUUUCUGAAAGAAAAUACUAUGUAAUUGAGUUGAGGGCGGGUUUGCUUUGUUUUGC